UGCACCUGUCCUCGCCAUCUCCCAGUACGAGACACAAUGGGGAAACUGUUGGUUUCGGCUCUGGCCUUGCUGCUGACUGUGCAGCUUGGCUCCUGCAACAAAAUCCUGUCAUGUUACUUCACCAACUGGGCCCAGUACAGGCCCCCUCCCACCAUCUACAUGCCCCAUGACAUCGACCCGUGCCUCUGCACCCACCUGCUUUACGCCUUCGCCACCAUGAAGAACGGCAAGCUGGCCACCUUUGAGUGGAACGACCUCUAUCUCUACAGCCAGUUCAGCAAGCUCAAGAACCAGAAUGGAGAUCUGAAACUGCUGCUGUCUGUGGGAGGAUGGAACUUUGGUUCAUCAGGCUUCUCUCAAAUGGUGGCCGGUGCUGGCACCCGUAAGGUGUUCAUCGACUCUGUCAUUGAGUUCCUGAGGAAGUAUGAGUUUGACGGCCUGGACAUCGACUGGGAGUACCCUGCCAACAGGGGGAGCCCUCCCCAAGACAAACACCAGUACUCCCUUCUGGUGCAGGAAAUGAGGGCUGCUUUUGAGGCGGAGGCCAAGACGAGUACCAAGGCCCGUCUGCUGCUGUCUGCUGCCCUCUCUGCCGGCCUCGACACCAUCCAGUCCGCCUACGAGAUCCCUCAAGUCGCAGAGGCCUUGGACAUGCUGAACAUCAUGACCUACGACUUCCACGGCUCCUGGGACCCGAUGACCGGGGAGUGCAGCCCGCUCUACAAGGGCCCCGAGGACUCUGGCGGAUUCGUCUACUUCAAUGUGGACUAUGCCAUGAACUACUGGUUGAGCCACGGCGCCCCUGCGGAGAAGCUGAUCGUGGGCUUCCCCACCUACGGCAACACCUUCACCCUAAAGGACGCCUCCAACCACGGCGUGGGCGCCCCCGUCUCUGGCGCUGGCACUCCCGGCAAAUACACGCAGGAGGCCGGAGAGCUGGCCUACUUUGAGAUUUGUGGCUUCUUGAACGGUGCUACUGAGGUCUGGAACGCUGUUCAGGACGUGCCAUAUGCCUACAAAGGAAACCAGUGGGUCGGAUAUGACAACAUGAAGAGUUUCCAGAUCAAGGCUGAUUGGGUGCUGAAGAACAACUUCGGAGGGGCCAUGGUAUGGACCAUUGACAUGGACGACUACCUGGGCACUUUCUGUAACCAGGGCAAAUACCCCCUCAUCAACGUGCUCCGCAAGGCCUUUGGUGUCGAUAAGCUGGCUUGCACCCCUCCUGCCACCCCUGUACCUCCCAUUAAGGGUGUGACUAGCGAAGAUGGAGGUGGUGGUGGAGGAGGUGGUGGUGGUGGUGGCGGCGGCGGCGGCGGCAAAGGUGGUGGUGGCGGCGGCGGUGGUGGUGGAGGAGGCGGUGGUGGAGGUGGCGGCCACGAUGGCAUGAACAGUGCAUUCUGCGUAGGCAAAGCCAACGGCUUCUACCCCAACCCCAAGAACAAGGCCCAGUUUUACCAGUGCAACGGAGGAAAGACCUUCUUCCAGAACUGCACCAAUGGCCUAGUGUUUGACACCAGCUGCAAUUGUUGCAACUGGGCUUAACUUGGUCAUACACUAGGUUAUUUUUAGUUUGUUGAAAAAAUAACAGAAUGUCGUUAUCAUGUUAUGACAAACUAUAAAAAAUAAAGGCCUGUUCACAUUG